AUGUUUGUUCUCCGUCAUCCCAACAUCUUCGUCUCCUCAAGCAACAUCAUGGUUUCCUCGGAACAGCCACCGUCGUCGCUCAAGCGAUCCUCUCCGCUGCUGGAUCAGCCCGAUUUCACAGAUACUAAGCGACACAAACGACCCUACCAUCACCAUCACAGCUUGCACACCCCCGUCGUCCAGACCCUACCCGAACCCGCCAUCACCGACGAUGCCACCGUCGACCAUCUGAUGGACCGGUCCAUUGGGCUGUAUCUCCGAGAAUGUGGCUUUGACAUAGCGGAUCCAGCGGCGCUGGAUAGUUUUCGCAACGCCACGGGAGAAUACAUCCUCCGGUUCGCCUCAUUCAUCCGUCAGGCCAUGCUCGUCAGUCGACGCACACAACCCAUCCCGCAAGACUUCGAGCACGCUCUGCUCCGACACCGUCUCCGCCUCGACGAUCUCAUCCCUCACCUCAAAUCCCCCUCGUCCAUCGAUCCCAUCCCGACCCUCCCGCUCACCCCCCCGCCCGUUGACACCCCCUUCAAGACCCUCCCGUCCCUGGGUCCCCAGCUCAGCGGCGAGACCGACCGCGCUCAUAGAGCCUACAUUCCCACGCACUUCCCCGAGUUCCCGAGUAAGCACACAUACCGCCACACGGCGGUCUUCACCGAGCGCGAGCAGGACCCGCAGCGGAUCCGCGAGCGCGCUACCGAGGACGGCCGCCACGGCGAGGAGGCGCUGCGCAAGCUGGCUCGCGCCGCCUUCACGGACACGCAGGCUGGGACAUCCUCGCGCGACAAGAAACCGUGGGGCCGUCGCACCGAGACGAUGGACAGCAUGUUCGAGAAGACCGUCAGGAGCCUGGCCAAGAAGAUGCAGAAUGCGCCGCCCACCGCGCCCAUGGAGAUCGAGUUCGGCGCCGCGGCCGACCCCGAGGUCAAGCCCGGGAGGAACAAGCUGGCGCUGAAUAUUGACCUGCCGCCGAUUAUCAACUGCGAGCGCGACUUCUGGCGCCGGUCGGGAGGCACUCGGCGGGAGUCGAAGCCUGCCCCGAAGGAGACGGCUCCUGAGAUGUCGCGGGUGGAGGGCUGGAUUGCUGGAUAA